GUACGAUGUAGCCAUAUUCAGAAGACAGAUCAACAACAUUUCAGUUUCUAAGCAGUCAUGACAGGCACAGUUUUUACCGCUUUAAAGAAGUCACUGAGUCGAAUCAAAGUAUUAGGAACAGUGAAGACUGUUGUACACAAGUGUGGAGCUGUAACAGUUUGGCUUGCGAAGUAUGGAUGUAUUGCCUGCUGCAUUUCACAGUACGGUGUUCAACUGACAUUGUGUGAAGGACAUUCCAUGGAGCCCUAUAUAACGAAUGGCGAUAUUUUUCUGGCAGAAAGAUAUAGUGUCUACACAUACAGAUUGAAAGUUGGGGACGUGGUGGGCGCAAGAAGUCAUAAGGACCCACAUAUGUAUAUAUGCAAAAGAAUCAUUGCCAUGGAGGGGGAUACAGUCUUCAACAACAUCACUAAAGAACAUAUUCAGGUACCCAGAGGACAUGUUUGGUUAGAGGGAGAUAACAAGGACAACUCUAUUGACUCAAGGGAUCAUGGUGCUCUCCCCUAUGCAUUAAUACAGAGCAGGCUUUUGUAUAAGAUUCUUUCAGCAAGAGGCAAUGGAUGAUGGAACAUGCUAAAGCAGAUCUUUUAUUUCAUCAAAGCAUAUCGCUCCACUAUUUCUCAGGAUUGAAAAGACACCUAGGAAUCAUUCUUAGAACAUAUAGUUGUGGCGCAAUAUGUUAAUAAUAUGUUGUUCACUUAUUAUGAAUAAUGUAUUGGACAUACUGAUGUAUACCCCAUAAAUUAAAUAUGUAGGGGUAUACUGGAAUAAACCUGUUGGUUAGAUUUGUUGGUAGUUUGGUGGGUUGGUGUAUCACUCUGCGUAUACAUACUUUGUGUGGAGAACUAGUCUCCCAGCCCUGGAACUAAGGCAUAUUUUGGAUAUGUUACAACAUUUUUCAUGUGCUUUUGUUGUUUGACACUUGUCUCUAAGUUUUCUUUGUAUCACCAUGCACCUUAAUAGAUAUGUUGUUUAUAUUACUUAGAAGUGCAAUAAGAAUUGUUGUGUAGUUUGUGAAAAUCUGCAGAGUAAUGUGCCCUGGAACUAACGAGAAAUGAUAAGCUUACAUAACUGUACAUGUACAUUUGUACUCCUGAACGUGUCUCUAAGUGUUCUGUGUAUCCACAUCAAACUUGAUAGAUAUUAUGUUUAUACAUGUACUUAUGUAAGAUGUUAUUUUGCGUAUGUUGCCAUAUUCUUUUUGUAAGUAUGUGCCCGUAUCAAAAUGAGACUUUAAAAAUAUAUUGUUUAUUUAAUGAAGAGGUUCAAAUCACCAAUUCACGCUACCGUGUAUUUUGUUUGCAGACUUAUGUGCCCUUGAACUUAGGGUCAAUUUCAAUAAGUCAAGGUUUAAGUUUUUCCUCUCAGUGUGCGAUAGAUAUGAAGUAGAGAACCACACAUGUUUUGGAUGAAUUUUACCAAUAUUUAUCUUCAGUGACUGUUCUAAAUGUUCCUUAAGACACGUGUGAUUGUAUAUUGUGAAUGAAAUUCCGAUGUAUAGCGAUUUAUUAUAUGAUGUGAAAUUUUCAGCACAAGUUGAUUUUGUUGUUUACAUGUAAUAAUUAAGCGAUAAAUCUGGUUGCAGAUAUUAAUGUGUAAGAGUAUUACUUAAUUAAAUAGCUAAAUGUAGUAUUUUGUAAUUAAAUUAAAUAUUCAGUUAACAUGUUGAUUGUAAAGUUUAUUUUAGGUUACUCAAUGUAUCUAUAUCACGAGUGUUUAUGUAUGUUGGUAUGAUCCCUUAAAGUAAGAUAAAUGUGCUUGAUUAAGGAUUAAACAAUUCAUGCCAAAUUUGAAACUAAAUAGAAGCAAUAUUUAUGUCCCCCACCACUAUAGUGGGGGACAUAUUGUUUUUGCCCUGUCUGUUGGCUUGUUUGUGUGCUUGUUUGUUUGUUUGCACCAACUUUAAAAUUUGCAAUAACUUUUGCAAUAUUGAAGAUAGCAACUUGAUAUUUGGCAUGCAUGUGUAUCCAUGUGUAUCCAUCCUUCAAGGUCAAAGGUCAAAUAUAUAUCUUCAAAGCAACGCAAAAGGGGACAUAGUGUUUUUGUCAACCACAUAUCUUGUUGAUUUAUCUAUUCAGUAUGCGGUCGUUGUAAUUUGCAUAAAACAUUUGAACUGUGGCACAAUUAUCAUGUCAGAUUUACCGACCUUUAUACACUUAGCAGUUUUUUUAUUAGAAGUGCAUUAAGUAUUUUUUCUAGAAGACAAAUGGUUUUUGUGGUGUAAAUGACAGACCAGUGCCAAAUAAAGAUAUAUAUUAGAGAAUCGCCGAAAUCCCAUGUGAACGAAUUGUUAGUGGAUGAAGAAUGAAUGAGUCUGAUUGUUUCCUCUGCCUUCUUUAAUUAAUUUAUUUCUUCUAAAUGAACAGCUCACUCAUUCCAUGUUGGAACUACUGGCUAAGCUGUAUAUACCAUAUUAUGGGAAGAUAAUACUUUCGCAUGCCUUAUUUAUUUUUGUACUGGUAUGACAAAAAAGAUAUUAAACGAAUAUAACAUUUUGAUCAAUAUC